AUGGCUGAGAAGACUUUCUACUACGAGCAGCGACGCCUGGAGAAUGAUCUCGUCGCACUCGUGCCAUUUGAGCCCAGUGUCCAUGUCGCGCCCUUUGUUGCGACACUCACUACGUGCCCGGAAAUGCUCACAUACAUUCCCUUCCCAGUCAUCAACAACGAGGAGGACUUUAUGAGAGAGGUCUACGAGGGCAUCCGCACAUCGCCUGCAAACUGUCUGUUCGCAGUUAUGGACAAGGUUGCUUCUUCUCCUCCUGGAGCAGGGGUGGAGACGGAGACGAGCGCAAAGUUCGCGGGCGUCAUGUCCCUGACAGCCACGAACCCAGACAACGCCGUCACCGAGAUCGGGGCCAUGAUCUUCCCGGCAUUCCAACGCACCCACUUGGCCACGAAUGCCAUCGGCCUCCUCCUCUUCUGGACGCUCGAUCCGCCCUCCGCCGGCGGUCUGGGGCUGCGGCGCGUCGUGUGGCAGACCCACACGGGGAACGCCGCGUCUCGAAGAACUGCCUUGCGGAUAGGGUUCGAGUUCGAAGGCGUCGCGCGAUGGGACCGCGUGUUUCCGCGCGGCAUCGUCGCGCUCUCCGCAGAAGCUCUUAGAGUGAGAAACGGCACGCGCGAAGAACAGCCAGGGAGGCAUACCGCUGUUUACUCGAUCGUGUGGGACGAGUGGGAGGACAAGCGACCGCGGAUCGCAGCACUGAUGGAAAGGAAACAGUGA